UUCUCCCUCAUAAAAAUGGAACAUCAACAGCAACAACAAAACUUUCCGUUCAUUCUAAAACCACUUGACUGGCUCCCUAAACUCCUCUCUUUCCAAGCAGAUAUUCUUUACAACUGCAUUCUCGUCCUCGCUUGGCCUCUCUUUUCUCUUCUCUCCAUGGCCUCCGACUCCUACCGCCGUGCCGAGAAGUCUGCCUCAGCCACUUUUGAAACGGCGGUGCACAAGAUCCCUUGUAAGAUCACCCACGGCAGUGCUUCUAUGGUGAAAAAACUGGGGUUUGGCCUUCUGGGUGCCGUACAUGUAGGCAUGUUUCUGCUGGUGCUGCUGGUUAUCGCCACUGUGUUGGGUGUUGGGCUGGUGCAAGUGUGGGUGGAGGAGCCUGUAUUUGUUAGAGAGAGGCUGUUCUUUGACUACACUAAGGCUAAUCCUGAGGCUGUAUUUUCAUUUGGGACAAGCAGCAAGAAUAACAGAAGGAAAAUCGGUGUUCCUUCUGGGCACACAUUACAGGUUUCUUUGAUGCUUUUAAUGCCUGAAUCUGAAUUUAAUAGAGAUAUUGGGGUUUUUCAGUUGACUGCAGAAGUUUUAUCCAUCAAUGGAAACGUGAUAGGAAAAUUCAGCCAGCCCUGCAUGUUGCGAUUCAGAAGCUUCCCGGUUCGGCUGACACGGACAUUUCUCAUGGGAGUACCUCUUGUACUAGGAAUUUCAGAUGAGACACAGAGAAUGACACUCAAAAUCCUUAAGCACAAGGAGGGGGUUCAAAGAUCCGAAGCAAUCAGAGUUAUUUUGAGUCCAAGGGCCGGAACUUCAUCUCCUCCACAGCUGUACGAAGCUGAAAUCCUUCUCAACUCAAACCUGCCUUGGAUGAAACAGUUGGUUCGCAACUGGAAAUGGACAUUUUAUGUAUGGGCGUCUAUAGAUAUAUUCAUUAUGCUUGUUUUCACUCUCAUUUUCUGCUGUAGACAGCUCUUAUUUCCAAUGGCAUCACCCAGUGUUGGAGCUCCCAGCAAUGAGAUUACUGAGAAAGAUUUGACAGCAGAGUCGAUUGAAGAAUCCCAGAAAUGGGGUGAAUACGAAGGGAAUAUUUCAGAAUCAUUGAGGAAAUGGCGACUAAGGAGAAGGAAGAGAAAAGCAAUGUUUUUACGUGAAGAAGAAACUACAGCCUCAUCGACAACAAGCAUGAAGAUAACUAGGGAAGAAACAAGUGAAGUUAUCCCAGAGGAAAUUAGGGAUUCAGAGUCCGUGUGCUCCGGAGGUUGAAUGCUUCCAAACAUGUAAUUCUGUAGUCAUUCGGAUAACUUGAAACGAUUAGGUAUCUUUCUGCAGAAGAUAACGAGUUAUCAGUAUGUAUCGUGAAAUUAAACAUGUUCAUUUUGCCAAUCUAAGUUCAUCGGCCACCGGAAAGUAGUACCAUACAAAGUGCAUUGAUCGAUGUCAA